UCUCCCUGCCCCAGAAAAGGCUCCGUCGCUGUGUUUGUAUUUGUCCCGAGCAGUCACAUGGAAACGGGUUCGCAGCGCGCCUCCGCCUCCCCUCGCCUAAACUUCAGCACCGGCUAGGAUAGAUGAGCGAGGGGCUGGAGCCACGCUUCAAAACGGGUCCGUUUCACAAGGCAAGGGGCUCCCCCUGUAACGCAGCGGCCAUGCCCGUGUGACAGCGCGGAGCCGGGACCAGGCUCGGCCCUCCCAGCUUUCAGAUAGCCAGGGGAGGAUGGCUCAGCCAGAAGGGAGGAAAGUGUGAAUGAAAGGAGGAGGAGAAGAAAGGCAUCAGCUCAUCAUUCCCUCCUCCCGCCCCCCUUCCCUCCCACUCCCAAACUGGAAUUGUAUCAAGCCUUUAAUUCAGUGGAAAGGAGUGAGCCAUCCAUGGAGACUCUCGCGCAGUCUGGGGCCAAUAAACCUCCCAGCGGGAGAAAAAUGAAGGCUCGAGCUCCCCCUCCACCAAGUCAACCUCUUGCUGCAAGUCAAAUUCAGAGUGAACAGAAGUCACUCUCAGAGCUGGGAGUAAUCCCUGAUCAGAGCUUGGUGACCAUGAAAGAAAAUCUUAUAAACAGGACAGUGGACUUCACGGUCGUUUUACCAAGUGGUGUGGAACAGAAGAACAAUGUACAUGGGAGUAAAGCCGUGAUGGAUCUGUUGGUGGAUUUGUGCAGCAGGUACCACUUGAAUCCAGCUCACCAUACCCUUGAGUUGAAGGCUUGUGGGAUGGAACCUUUGAGUUAUAAGCCUAAUACUUUGGUUGGGGCGCUGGAUGUACAGACAGUACUUCUGAAGGAGAAAGUUCCUGAAGGGAAGACAAAACGACCUCCACCUAGGAUCCCUGAGAAAUCCAUGAGGUUGGUAGUGAAUUACCUGAAGACACACAAGGCUGUGGUUCGAGUUAGUCCCGAGGUGCCUCUGCAUAGCAUAAUCCCAGCCAUUUGUGAAAAGUGCGAGGUCAGUCCAGAGCAUGUCGUCCUCCUGAGGGACAAUAUCACUGGGGAAGAGCUGGAACUUACAAAGUCCUUGGACGAGUUAGGAAUAAAGGAAUUGUAUGCCUGGGAUAGGAAAAGAGUUCUUCCAUCAAAAACUCAGUCUGAACCUUCUCUAAGCUAUAGAGAAUCAAGUCAAAAUUCUUCAAUAAGCAACGACGCAACAGAAAAAGAAAAGAGAGGAUUUCUGGGAUUUUUCAAAGUUAAUAAAAGAAGCAGCAAGACAGAAGAUCGUUUGAGGCUGGACGGUAACUAUGGGGAUGAGGAUGGUUUUAGUUCUGCAACUGCUAGUGAAAGGAGCUUGGAUGGCUUUGCAACAGCUCCAAAUUCACCUUCAGUGAAUUCACGUUCCAUUACGCUGGGUCCAUCACUAUCUCUUGGCAACAUUUCAGGAAUGACCGCCAACCCAGAAAUUAAAAAACGCAGAGCACCUCCUCCGCCAGUGGCAACACCCGAUUUGCAAAGUAUGGAGACAAGCGGAGUGGCAAAGACAACAAUGCAGAUUCCACAAGGGGCAUCACAGAAUGAUUUACAGAAAAAAAAGAGACAUGCCCCUCCACCACCGACUCCUCCUGUUCCUGUCAUGCCAAACAGAACAGAAGAAAAGGAAGACAAGAGGAAGAGCACAGUGGUUUAUUGUUGUGCAUCAUUCCCUUCACACACCAAGCACGUCUGACAGAACUUGCCUCAUCCUAUGACCUUCAUACCUCUGACGCCUCCUGUUGCCUCUGCUACCCUGACUCUUCCGUUGCCUUUCUUCCUUUCCUGCUAGAAGAGCUCCUUUUAUCUGACUGAAACCUUGGCUUCCUUUCUUUUUGAACUUGCACACCUUCAUUUAAUUAAUAUUGAUAUGUUUGGCUUUGUUUCACACUCAUUCGUUAAGUGUAUUCUCCAGAACUGAACCCUGUGUUAUACAGAUACGUAUCACCAUCAAAAAGA